AUGAAUCAAUCAAGUGAUAAUUAUUAUUAUCAAUCAAACUCUCAUAGUCCAACACAAUCGAUUCCACCAUUUGCACUUUCUUCAAAGAUCUUUGAGGAUUAUAAUAAUGUUGGAAUUCAUUAUGAAUCCAACUCUAAACAAAUCGAUCCCGAUGCACAAUCAUUUUUCAAUGAGCAUAUGGAAAAGAUUUUGGACUCCGAAUUAAAAGAUUCUCAGAAUUUACAAAUUGUAUCAGAGGAUCUACCUUUUUCAAGUAAAUAUUAUUCAUCUCAACAAAACCAUCAAAUUGUUCCAGUUGUUCAUUCUGUUCCAACUCCUACUAUUUUAACUUCAAGAUCCAACUCUCCAAUAAUUAUUCCUUCUCAGAAUAUUCAACAAAUGAAUCCAAAUUCUCAAUAUCAUCAAAAUACACCAAAUCAAUCACAAUCAGAUCAACAACAAUUAAACUAUUCUGAAAAUAAUAUAUGUUAUUAUCAAUAUAUGAAUGAUCAAGAAAAGAUGUCAGUAUCAAAUCAUUAUUGUAAAAUUCUUCAACUAUCUACUCAAUUAUUUAAUAUGACCAAGAUUGUUUACUCAAAUCCAUAUAUUACAGAUGAGGAAAUGGAUUUGCUAAUGGGAUAUAGUGCUGGUGCACAAUUUGAAAUUAAUUCACUAAAGUCGAUUAUUGAAAAAAAGAAAUAUUCAAAUUAUACUCAACAAAACUAUCAUUAUUCUCAAUCUCCCAAUGGUGCAACCAUUUCCAAUCCCCAUGAUUAUAACUAUCAGAUGAAUGACCAUCCUUGCUCUGAAACUAUUAAAGAUGGUGCCAGUGUUCAUACCACUCCAAAAACUAAAACCAAAUCGAAAAGUAGUCCCUCUAGUUCCAACCCUAGAAACUCUCCAACCUAUAUAAACUUAACUGAGAACUUGAUCAAAGCACAAAAUAAAAAGACCAAGAAAUCCAGUUCACAAAACAGAGUCUGUGUGAAUUGCAAAACCACCGAUACACCGGAGUGGAGACGUGGACCCCAAGGUGCCAAAACUCUAUGUAAUGCCUGUGGUAUCCGAUACCGAUUAUCCAAACAAAAGACGAACGACCCUCAAAUUCCCACCUCUGAAGAUGAACAAACAAAGUCAACGAUGUCUCAAAUACCCAAUCUUGUCUGCGGUGUAAAUUUGUACAACAACCAAGUUCCAAACAACAAUAACAACAAUGUACCCAAUAUGUUAUUGGGUAGCAGUCAAGAAUUUAGUAUUCCAAUGGUCAAGUGUGAACAAUAUUGUAUGACAUCGGAUGACCAUACAUUCUUGUAUUCUGAUUAA